UAAUGUGCAGGCUGUGUGUGAUUCAAAGCUUAGAUUCAUGAACAUUGUAGCAAAAUGGCCAGGCAUCACACCUGACUCUUUCAUUCUAGAAAACAGUGCGUUGAAAGAUAUGUUUGAGAGGGGUGCAAUUCCUGAGGGGUGGCUUCUUAGGGACAGCGGCUACCCCCUGCGGCCUUGGCUGCUCACUCCAGUGCUGAACCCAACAACCAGACCGGAGGAGAGAUACAAUGCGUCUCACAUCAGGACAAGGAAUACCGUGGAGCGCAGCUUCGGAGUCCUAAAAUCAAGAUUUAGGUGCCUCGACACAAGUGGAGGAUCUCUCUUUUAUUCACCCACGAAGGCAUGCAGAGUUACGCUGGCUGUUGCAGUUCUGCACAACAUGUGUAUUAACAAUGGAGUCCCCAUUCCGGCGGACAGUGUCGAUGCCCGUAACAGAGGACGAAUUGGGCGCCCCCAGUACAUUGGUCCCAUCAACGACGGAGUGACAGUGAGAAACAGACUCAUCAACGGACGAUUUGCUUAAAUUUGUACAUGUAUCUAUUUUAUCAUAUUGAUAUAUGUUUUUGAUACGCCUUUUUUCAUAAAUACAUGUAUAAUACAAUUUGAGAGCAAUUUGUAUUUAUUUUAUCUAAUUUUAUAUGAAGCAAAAAAAAAAAGAAAAAGAAAGAACGAACUAACACAGGGAAUCAAUCUGAUGCAAGUAUUUAUUCAACGUUGGUAAAAGUUACCCCCAUGCUGGAGAGGUACACUUUAUGUUUUUGUUGUUUGAUUAAAAGUUUAGCUCUUUCAAUUUCUAGCAGUUCCUUCUGAACGUUCAGUUUCUCCCUUUCAAUCUGUACCAAUUCUUCUUGGAAACGCAAAUUAUUUGCUCCAUAAGUGCCCUCUGGCUGUUUAACACGAGUAGAGAGUCUACUGCUACGUGAUUCCUGAUCUGAAAGUAAUAAUAUUAAAAUUAUAAUAUUUACGUUUUACAUAAUGAUUCUUCAUUGGUUUUAUUAUAUAAGAAUUUUUAAAAUCAAAAUCAAUAGUUAUAUAAACAAUGUCGACUUCUUGUUAUCUAUAUAUGUUUCAUAUUACAUCUUAUUAAUAUAUAUAUAUAUUAAUUAG